GUUCGAGCUUGUUUCUCUGGAUCGAUACAAAAAUGGCGACAGUGCCUUUGUUCAGUCAAUUUCCCUGCAAAACCCUAAUUCCAAGCUCAUCGAGUUCUAAAUCCCAGUCGAAAUCUCCAAUUCUAGUGCCCAUAAAUUCAAUCAAUCGGCGAUCGGAGGUCGGAAUCGCUGUUCAUCGGCCGGAUUUCAAGGUCCGAGCCACCGACGUCGAUGACGAGUGGGGUACUGAUGCGGCGGAGAGAGGAUCGAACGUAUCGGUGGCGGAGAAAUCAGCAGAAGAAGCCAUCGAAUCAGUGGAGGAGACGGAGCGGCUAAAGAGACUGCUUGUGGAUUCUCUGUACGGAACCGAUCGAGGUUUGAGCGCAUCGAGCGAGACGAGAGCUGAGAUCAGCGAAUUCAUCACGCAGCUCGAGUCUAAGAACCCUAAUCCAGCCCCGAACGAAGCUCUGUUUCUCCUCAACGGCAAAUGGAUCCUCGCGUACACAUCGUUCGUGGGUCUGUUCCCAUUGCUCUCACGCAGAAUCUCACCGUUGGUUAAAGUGGAUGAGAUCUCACAAACCAUUGAUUCCGACAGCUUCACCGUACAAAACUCUGUCCGGUUCGCAGGUCCACUUGCCACAACAUCCAUUAGCACCAACGCCAAGUUCGAAAUCCGAAGUCCUAAACGCGUCCAGAUCAAGUUCGAGCAAGGCGUUAUCGGGACUCCUCAGCUAACUGAUUCAAUUGAAAUCCCAGAAUUCGUCGAGGUUCUUGGCCAGAAAAUCGACCUUAACCCCAUCAGAGGGUUACUUACAUCGGUCCAAGACACUGCUUCUUCAGUGGCUAGAACCAUUUCAAGCCAGCCACCUCUGAAAUUCUCUUUGCCUGGAGACAACGCUCAGUCGUGGCUACUUACGACAUAUCUCGACAAAGACCUUCGGAUCUCGAGAGGUGAUGGCGGAAGCGUCUUCGUGCUCGUCAAAGAAGGAAGCUCUCUCUUAAGCCCUUGAAUCAUCAUUUACUCACAUCACAUCCAUAUAGUAACAUAUAUAGAAUCAUAAGUCUCUGUUUAUAAUAGUGUUGUAACUUUUAUAUAGCUUCUUUACCUGUUGGAGAGGUCUGAUGGAUGUUACCCUCGGAACAUAUAUAUACACAAUACGUAAUUACACCAGCCGGUCAACGGUUUAUAUACCAACACAUGAGCACUGAUUCAGAUUU